AAAAAGCCAAAUUAAGCCGAGUGCAUAGAACCUAGAAUUAAACCAACUCAUUAACAAUAGAAAUGACAGAAUGCUCAUUUUAAUUCUUUAUUGCACUCGAUAGAAAGACGUAAUUGAAGAAGAAAAGUCUAUAUGCACUGAUGUAUUUAACAGCUUGGAAACUUCAAAGGAAAUUUGGACUAGACAACUGUGCAUUUUGUAGAUUAAGAUUUAGAUAAAAAUUAUCUUAUUUGCAUUGCUUGCUUUUCUAAAUAUGCCGCAAUGUAAAAAGCGAUUGGGAAUUUGAGUUGCUCACCGGCUGACUGACUGCUCAGUGGACCGCGUUCUCAUUAAGUAUUCUCUCGAAAUUUGAUGCUAAUAAAUAAUAGAUUAAACUGCCAAAAUAGCACGCCGUAGCGCGAUUAUUUCCAAGCCAUGAUUCGCCUUUCGUCUGUGCCGUCAAUGUGAAGGCAAGUCUAAGCAAAUAAGAUCGUAUUUUGCGACUUCAUCGGCCAAAAAAAUCAGAAGGAUUAAAUUCAAGUUGACGAGAAGAGAAUCAAAGAUUUCGUGUCCUUUGUUUACGAAUCUUAAGGAUCGGGUAAAAAAGAAUCAAAGACGAGCAUUAGCAAAACAGAGAGAAGAUGAAGAUAGAUGCAUCAGUUGUUUACCAUUAUUUAUAUGGUUACCAACCAAUGCGACUUGCAAGUCAAGAAGAUAUAAACUCAUUUCAAUGUCCAGAAAAAGACGCACCGAAGAUAGAUCCCAGUGGUGAUGUUAAGACACAAGGAGAAAUUAAAGUCCAAAGAAAAAUAAGAGCACCGGAUGGGAUAGCUUUGUGCAUAUCGAGCAUACCCGAGGCAAAAUAUGGUGCUUGCGCUUUGCGGGAUAUACCGGCUGGAACGUGGUUUGGCCCUUACGAAGGAAAGCUCGUCAGACGAAACGAAGCUGUUGAAGGAAAAUUGUCGGAGUUUAUGUGGGAGAUUUUUCACGAUGGUGAAGUCAGUCAUUUCCUCGAUGGAUUGAGUCUCCACACGUGGAUGCCGUAUGUGCAAUGUGCGAGACAUAAGAAGGAACAAAAUAUGGUUGUCUUCCAGUACCAUGGUUGUAUAUACUACCGUACCAUACGGGAAAUAGCACCGGGAUCUGAGCUUUUAGUCUGGUAUGAUACAAAAUAUACACAGGUACUGGGCUUGCCUGUGGCCUGGAAUGACAGUAAAGCUUUGAACGCCAAAAGGAAGGUUACUGCUAACAACGCAAAUGAGAUUGUUCGGAAAAAACGUCUUGUAGAGAGGAGCGAAGAAUCCUCCUCAAGUCCUCGCGAGAGGUGCACUGAGAAAGUCCAAUGUUCAGUAACGAGACCAAGCAGUAAGAGUUCCAGCGAUAACCGUCUAGAUGUGGUAUAUAGUCACAAAGACAAAAUAAAUAUUGACAGAACUAGCAUGCACAUUUCACAAUGUACUAUCAAGAGCGAUCCGUCAACUGUAAGCGGUCACCGAAAAUCUGCUCAUCCGCACAGCGUGCAAAGGCAUCACAGUGACAUGCAUUUCCCCCCAGCAACUAGGGGGCUGCAUGGAUCUCCAGCAGCUACAAGGCCAUACCUUGAUAAAUCGAGGCAUUACUACGAAAACUGGCAUCACAUGCAAGCAAGUGAAAAUCAGACCACGCCAUAUUUACCGCAUUUAGAUAAAUCCUUUGACUUGUACCAAUCAGAACAUAAACAAAGCUAUGAGAAGCAUUUUCACCCACAAUUGCCAAUUACUAUGACGUCACAGGUGCAUGAUCUUCAAAAUUAUUACCACUACAAUGCAAUCAAACACGAGGACAUGUGUCGCUUUAGAGAGGCAAAGCCGUCAUUCAGGCCUAUUGCUUGA